UCUGAUCCAGUCUCCAGUCUGCGUGCCGCAGCUCUGAAUGAGAUGUAAAUAAAAGUCGUUUGGCUAACCCUAACAUACCCUGACUGAGGCAUCAUGGGAGGCAUGGAUGACUUUGAACAGGAAGGAAUUAAUGAGGAGUUUAUUGACUUUGCCAUUCGAGAGAGCAUUCGGGAUUCCUACAGGCUCUCAUGUUCAGUACAAACAAACAGGAAGGAGCCGACCAGUGAAAAGUGUAUAGAGAUAAUGGCAGCCAUUCAUAAAGGUGAUGUGUGUGCGCUGCAGCAGCUGUCAGGUUGUGUGUCUGCCCUCACAGACACAGACAGUAAGGGCUGGCUGCCUCUGCAUGCAGCAGCUGUACACCCACAGACUCAGAUCCUGCAUCUGGUGCUGCAGGUGGUAUGUUCAUCCACGGAUCUGACACUGGAGGAACAGACCGGGGACGGGGACACAGCUCUGACUUUAGCCGCUGAGGCUGGUCUGGUGGAAAACGUCACGAUGUUGUUGGAGCACGGAGCUUCACCUCACAACACUAAUGACAGGAACGAGUCCCCUCUGCUGCUGGCAGUGAGACAGAAAUCCUAUGACAUGGUCUUGUCUCUUAUUAUGGGUGGGGCCUUUGUGGAACAGAUCUGUCUGAAGAAGUGGACAGCCAUCCAUGAAGCUGCAAAGGUGGGUUGUCCAGCUAUUGUGAUGUUGCUCCUUCGACAUGGAGCCAAAGUAACGAGUAGAGAUGGUCAUGGGGUGACACCUCUGGGGACUGCAGCUGAAUAUGGAAACACUGAAGUUCUGGAUAUUCUCAUACAUCAUGGUGGUGAUGUGAAUGCCCAGGCCACCAAUGGAGACACAGUCAUAUAUGAUGCAACAGGAAAUGGAAACCUGGACUGCAUUGAGCUGCUCCUGCAACAUGGUGCAAACCCAAAUGUAGCCAGCAAUGCCUUCCAGCUGCCCAUCCACCGAGCAGCGUACGAGGGACACAUACUAGCCCUGAGGACUCUCAUCCCCCUCACCACAAAGAGAGCCAUCCGCCUAUCAGGCCAGGACCCUGUCCACUCAGCAGCUGACGGGGGGCAGGUUAAGUGUCUGGAGCUGCUCAUUCAGAAAGGAUUCAGUGUCAAUGCCUUGUUAGGCCAACACAUUUCUGAGAACUAUGGAGAUCUCAGAAGGACUCCACUUUACUUUGCUGUUUCCAACGGCGACAUGACCUGUGCUGAGAUACUGCUCGCAGCUGGAGCCAGAACUGAUCUGGAUCCGUUACGAUGUAUCCUUGUGGCUAUACGGGCUGAGAGGUAUGAGCUGGUGAAACUGUUGCUGUCCUACGGAGCAGAGGUGAACUGCUACUUCAGAGUUAUCAGUAACACCGUGUUCCCCACAGCCCUGCAGUACUCGCUGAAGGACCAUGUUAUGCUGCGACUGCUUCUCAAUAGUGGAUAUCAUGCUUACAAGUGUUUUCAGUGUUGUCAUGGUAACAGUGAAGAACUGGACAGUACCUGGAUUGACCUCCAUAACCAAGCCUACCAGAUUUACUGUCAGCCAAAUGCCAUCUCAUUCUGUGAGUUUGUGGCUGUGUCAUGGCUGACACAUCUGGUGGGCCGUGUGGUCAGGAUGCUCCUGGACUACGUGAGCCAUGUCAACAUCUGUCCCAACCUGAGACGUAUUCUGGAGAAGAGACCAGAAUGGGAGGAGAUUUCUGACAUUCUAAGUAGUCCACGGUCACUGCAGCACUUGUGUCGACUGGUGAUCAGAAGUCACAUUUGCCAAAAAACACUGAAUAAUCUACAGGCCAUGAAUAAUGUCCCUUUUCCCCCCAGACUGAAGAAUUAUCUGACCUACAGAGAGUACGACCUGGAUGGUCACCUUUCCUCAACAUGAAACACAUUUUUAUAUGUGUGGGACUGAAGCACUGAGCACUAGCCACUUAUUUAAGAUGGAUAUUUUUCUGCAAUUGCCUUAAAAUUUUAUAUGCUAUAUUUCAUUGUUUUAAGUAUGAGGUUGUCAGUAAUGUUUGGUUGCAGUUCUGAUGUUUCCCCUUAGGCUUCAACACUUUAAAGCUCUCUUUUCUUUAAGAAUGUAAUCAUUUAUCAUGAGCAAUGUUUCAUGUCCAUUACAGACACAUUUGGGAUAAUCAGUCUUCCUAGCUUAAUCCUAGUUUAUCCCUUAGAAAAUACAGCAUGUUAUGCCUUACAAGCAAAUGAUGGUCUUUCUGUUCAUGUUUGUUAUAAUAUUACUGUUCUUAUUUCAUUCAGUAAUUACCAACUGUAACAGCGGAGGUUAUGUUUUCAUCGGGGUUUGUCUGUUUGUCUGUU